CUUCCGGUUAACGAAUCUGUCGGCCAUUACAGUAGAAAAUGGUCGGGUUUCAAUUUCGGAAUGUUAGAUUUCGUAUGCUGAGGCCGAAAUGGCUUUAAAAUGUGUUUGAUUAUGACGAUUAAUUAACUUCAUUACAGGGAAUCAAAUGAUCAACAUUCCAACUUUAUCAAGGGGAAUCUGAACUUCACAUCCCACAGUAGCCUAUCUUGACAUCAGCCAUGAAGAAGCGAGAUAGUGAAGUUAUCUCAACUUCUUCAGGAACUUCCAAAGGGUCUGACCACCGGAAGGGCUCAACAUUUUCCCUGAGGAGAAUAUUUCAUGUGCGGAGACCUCGUAAUCGAUCCAAGUCACAUGCCAGCCUGGACUCGGAUUCAGCCCGAUCUGAGACGAGUCUAAAUGUAGUGAGUGAGCCGCCACCACCCCCAUUGCCUAUAGUGCCAUGCCCUCCCCCCAGCGUGACUGCAGUGGCCCAGUCCAAAAGGAAGGACAACUGCAGGGAAUGUCCAGUCUGCAUGGUGGACCAGGAUCUAGACAACUUCCCUGAAAUCAUGACUUGCCACCACCGAUCAUGUCGAGACUGUCUGAAGCAGUACCUGCAGAUUGAGAUCUCCGAGAGUCGUAUCAAUAUUGCAUGUCCUGAGUGUGCAGAGAAGUUCCACCCAAAUGACAUCCAGAUGAUCCUUCGAGAUGAGCUUCUCAUGACAAAGUAUGAGGACUUCAUGUUGCGGCGUGUUCUAGCCAUGGAUCCUGAUGCAAGGUGGUGUCCUGCACCAGACUGUGGGUACGCGGUAAUAGCCACCAGUUGUGCAGGGUGCCCCAAGUUAAAGUGUGAGAGGCCUGGCUGCAACACCUUCUUCUGCUACCACUGCAAGCAGCACUGGCACCCCAACCAGACCUGCGACACAGCCCGGGCAGAGAGGUCACCCAAUAUACGAUCAUCCUCCCUCAGCUACAGUAAUGAGUCUGGAUCACAGAAAGAUGACAUCAAGCCAUGUCCAAGAUGUGGUGCUUUCAUUGUGAAGAUGAACGAUGGAUCCUGUAACCACAUGACAUGUGCUGUGUGCGGGGCAGAGUUCUGCUGGCUAUGCAUGAAGGAAAUCUCAGAUCUACACUAUCUCAGUCCCUCUGGCUGUACGUUUUGGGGGAAGAAGCCAUGGAGCAGGAAGAAGAAGAUUCUGUGGCAGCUAGGAACCCUAGUGGGUGCUCCUGUGGGUAUUACCCUAGUGGCAGGUAUAGCUGUGCCUGCCAUGAUCAUAGGCAUCCCCGUGUGGGUCGGUAGGAAGCUUCAUUCCCGAUACGAGAAUUCCACGUCCAAACAUCGGCGUAACCUGGCCAUAACGGGAGGUGUGGCUGCCUCCAUCUUGGUGUCUCCCAUCAUAGCAGGCCUCGCUGUUGGUAUUGGUGUUCCCAUCUUGUUGGCAUAUGUGUAUGGUGUCGUUCCAAUCUCCCUAUGUCGGAGUGGAGGUUGUGGAGUGACAACCACCAACACAGGCGGAGUUCGUUUUGAGUUUGAUGAGGAGGCCGAGGGUACACAGGCUGGGAAGUACGCAGAUACAGGAGACAGCCAUAGUGUUGAGACUGGCCACCAUGUUGCCAACCCCAGCAUCGCCCCCAGUAUUGGUGAGGCAUCUGUUGGGAUGACCAACAGUCUGAGUGCCAGUGGGAGUCACAUGGACCGUGUGGGCGGCAUACGAGAUGAGAGUGACCGGGAUUCCGCCAGCAACAGAGCUAUUGCAGGCUCAAGUCUAAAUGGCUCAUUGUGUGGGAGCACAUACACCACAUACCAGAACAAACUGGAGGUGCAGGCAGAUGUUUCUACCAACCACAUGUCUCAGUGUAAGAGAGCCAGCUUCAGCAGUGAAUCUGCCAAUAUCAGCCUCAGCGAAAAGUCAGCCACAGUAUCUUUCUAUGAUGAUGCCAGCACAAAGGCACUGGCAGGAUCUAUUGCGGGCUAUAGCAACAAGGAUAGCACCUCCCUGUCCUCCCCUCCAUGUGAGAGUCACGCUGGAGAUGACUGUGUAUCCCUGUGCCAGGACUGUACAUCGGACAACAAGAGUCACACAUCCCACUCUGAGUGCCCCCGAAAGUUCAGCGCCUCACAGCCAAACUCACCUGGACUCUCCAGAAGUGUCAGUAACUCCUUCGAUGAAGUCAAGCUUCAGAAGUGCCGCAAAUGCACACGUUUUCAGGAUGUAGAUUCGCAGGAGAGUCUUCCUGGCCAUUAUCAAGGGGAGUUGAAUAGCAAAUCUGACUCGGACAAAGGUAUAAGAGUGCCAUUUGUGACAGUGUGUGAGCAAGCGGCAGCUGGGAGUGAUUCUGGGUAUAGGGAAAGUGUCCUUAGCAGUGAAGGGGGAGGUGAUGGAGGCUAUCUUCAUGGAGCUGCCCAUGCAGAGAGAUUGGACAGUUGUUCCUCCCAUGAGAGCAGUAAAAGUGGUAUGAACCUACCCGAGGUGGAAACGGACCGUCCAUCCAUUGGCUCGGACAGCUCACAAAGUGCUAUUUCUUUGAUUCCACAGUCAGCCAAAGUGAGUGAUAGCUGUUUGUCAUUCCCCCAGCCAUCGCCGACUUCCUCCUGUUCAACGGGAGAAUCGGCGGACGAAACUACAUCCAUGAUUCGGCGCAGACGCAGCUGUGAGCUGGCCUACAACAAUGGUCGUCUUUCUCCAACAGAGAUGAAAUAAGACAUCAUCUGUUCAAACUGGUGGAUCAUAGGAACAAAUUUAUUGAGGUUUCAGUGCUUAGUGUUGAUUGAAUUUGAGUUUUUGCCAGUUGACGCUUGGUUUCUCACUGAUGGUUUAAGGGUUUUUAUUUUCCUUACAAGUUAAUUUCCCCAUUAACUUAUGAUCCUUUACACUUAUUAAUCUGGCUUUCAUGAGGUGUAUUCACAUGCAUGAAAGUUGCCAGUACCAAGUUUUUCAACUGAAAUCUCAUGCAAUUUUGAUACUAUUUUCUGCCAUGGAUCAGUAUAGGUAACCAUGGUCACAAAAGAUGUCAACACUCUGUAAUGGCUGUGAUUGUCAUGGAUACAAGACCAUGUCGUUCAUUUAAGGUUGGACAAAUUUCAUUGGUGAUAUUUCAGUUUGAUGAUUUGUCAGCACUCCAUACUAAAUGUUUUUUGUUGUAGUCUCAAAGUAUAUAUACUAGUGUAAAUAUGUAUAUGUAUGCAGUUUUGUCCAAAUCUCUAUUAAGGGAUAUUUCCUAUUUGAGAAUUUUAUAAGAUCAGUGUAGAUUACAAAAAUGACAAUGAAUUACAUGACGCUUAUCUAAAAAGUCACUCAAAUAUUAGGAUUCAUUCUUAUUUUUUAGACUACCUGGCUGAAAGUCAAGUGAGCUUAUGUUGUGACACGUUGUCCAAUAUCAGCCCGUUGUUACAGUAACUUUUACGUUUUCUGAACUGCAAGAGUAAGUAAGCUAAAACUAUGCGUCAGUGAUGCCAGCUGGCAGCAGUGUCAUGGUAGUCAUGACAUAGCGCUCUGUGUAGCCAUCAAUGCAUGUACCAGAUGUACUUGAAUGAACAUUCUUGGAGGAUGUCUGUUUAGUAGAGACUUGUUUCAUAUUUUACUUAUAUUUUUGCCCUUGUAUAGAAUUUCUGAUCUAAUGCAAUAUUCCCGAAAUAUUUAGUGAGCUACAGAGCCUUGUGGCUCUGUUGUUUCAGAUAUUCAAAGUGUUAGGUAGAGUAAUUAAGUGAAAGACUCAUAUCCCUUAAUACAGAUUAGUACGCAGUAAUAUCUUUACACGUAUAGGGAGAUACUCAGAUUUACAUGCCAAAUGCCAUGCUACCCUAACAUCUAAUAAAUAGGGAUGUAGAGAAUCCAAAUGCCUUCAUAGGCCAUAAGGUACCUUAGCCUUUGAGGGAAAAUAAAUAAAUAAAAUCUUUCAGAUUCUCUUUGGCUGAGAAGAUCAUUUUAGAACUUACUGAAUCAGUUGUUAUGGGUGAUGAAUUUCCACUGUAUGAAACAUACAAUGCUGAAAUGGUAAUGGGAAACGUUCAGUAAUUGGUUGAAAUAUAUAUUUUUUCUAAUUGUGAGUGUGUAUGUUGGUGCUGAUGAGAGGUAAAGUACUCAAUCCUGCUCAGGCAUCCCUACAUGUAGACAGGGUUCAGAGGUCCAGUAUUUGCUUGAAUCUGACUAUCUCCUCCAGUAUGUAACAGCUGCCUUUAUGCUCAAGUCUACAGACCCUGACUAUCCAGCAUAUGUAUACAUUCAUCUGACACUGACUAGCCAACAUAUGCAUACAUGCUUGCAGUAGGCUGACCUAUACUAUGCAGUAUAUGUAUAGAUACAUGCAGUGAUAAGCAUACAAUGUCAAACUCAAACAUUUAAACAAACAUGAAACAUUUAAACAAACAUGAAACAUUUAAACAAACAUGAAACAUUGCACAGCAGUAUAUACCUAGGUCUUACAUAUCAUGUAACUCUUCCGACAAACUCAAAACACUGUAUGUCUAAACAUACGUGUGUGUUACAGGAUACAUCAAAUGUUUCCACACAAAACACUAUGUCUAAACAUACGUGUGUGUUACCAUGGUUACAGGUUUACAUCAAAUGUUCCCACACAAAACACUGUAUGUCUAAACAUACAUGUGUGUUACAGGAUACAUCAAAUGUUCCCGCACAAAACACUGUAUGUCUAAACAUGUAUGUGUUACAUGUCUAAACAUGCAUUUCUGCAUUUCUGUACAUAACUGUUUGCUGCAAGCUAUGUCAAACCUACUAACACCAUACCAUGCACAUGUGUACAUAAAUUUGUGCAAUACACUAUGUCAAAACUGCAAACACUUCCAAUGACUUAGGAGGGGGGGGGGGGGUAGCCUAAUGUGUGAAGCCCAUUUCUGGUGUCCCCCGCUGUGAUAUUGCUGGAAUAUUGCUAAAAGCGCUGUAAAACCAUAUUCACUCACUCACUCCAAUGACUUGGAAGUAAAGAUGAUGCUCCAGCAUACAUAUUGCGACUCCAGACCUUUGUUGUAUUGUUAGAACCAUGCUGUGCUGUGUAGUCCAGGGUUGUAUUCAUAGCACAUGUGUUUUGUGCUGGAACACAUUUUCUACCCUUUGUGACAGUCAGGAAAUAAUAUGGUCCAGCCUUUACAAGAAGGUGGAUUUUUUUCUAUGAAGCUAUGUUACACGCUGUAUGUAUGGGGCAAAUUUGUAUAUUUUCAUGUCUUGCCUGUAUUGAGUUUGCAAGUGAAAUAACUUGUGAUCUAUUACAUAUUGUCUUUCCAAGAAUUAUUUGUAAAGAAAAGUAUUUUUACACUGUUUUUCUUUUCUUGUAAACUGUCUGUAUGUAUAUGAUGUAAUAGAAAUAUAUAUUUAACUGUGUAUGUGGCUUUGUGAUAUAUGCAAGUAAUAACAAGGUAGGGCCAUUCAAGAUUUCUGUCUCUGGUCAACAAUUCUCCAGUUGGUUCUGUCCAAUAUCGUAAUUCAUGUUGUAAGAACACAGGUGCUUGGUGGGAAGUUCCAAGGGUAGAAGUUUACUAAAGCUCUGUUUCACAUGACUGAGUUUGAGGUAAGGCAUCUGACUACUUCAGUACAAAAUAAGGCUAAUAGAAACUACAGAUGGGAAGAGAAUGUUUAGAAGAUGCUUCAUGUUUUAUUUUUUUAAGCCAGAUUUUGGAGUAGGGCUUUUAGUACAUUGAAUUCAGUAUCAUAUAUUCAGCCAUUGGCAUUUAGGUCAGUCGAUGAUGACUGUUGGAAACUCUGAAUUAACAGGAAGUGAGGCUUCGUUUCAUAGUGUUUGAAGUAUUUUUGUGCCUUUUAAACAAAACAUCUAAUAUGAUUCAACAAUUGAUGUAAAAAGAUUACUGCUGCGAACAACAGCACAUAUUGUCACGAUGAGAUGAAGCUUGAGAUUGGGAAACAGAAACUUAUGUUUUUUUAGUAUUACCGUAUUCGACGUAAUCAGUGCCCAGGGUGCUCUCAAAAUUAAAAAUUGGGGGCUCUUAUAAGAAUAUUAUUUUGGUGGAAAAUAACAGAGUUGAAAGAAAACUUUUAUGGUUUAUGUACGGCAGAUAUAUUUUUUCAGAAUUUAAUUGCCCAUAAUUAAGAGUGUAUAUAACACACGAGUGCGUAUUAUACACGAAUAAAUAAGUCUUGUGUACUUAGAUCAAUCAGAGGGGGUGCUAAUUGGGAUUGUUCAUUAGCCAAUAUAUUAGCAAAUAUUGCUGUGGGUGCUUAUUAGAGCGGGAUGCUUAUUACGUCGAAUACGGUAAGCUAUAACCAAAGCAUGACGUUGUUGGACUGAUAAUCUGAAAAAUUACAUAACAUUUGCUCAAAACUUCAAGUCCAGGGUACUCCUCGAUAUGAUAUGACUCAACUAUGGCUAAACACAUCACAAAACCUUACUUGUUUGUUAAUGGUCACUUUCAAUAAGGACAAGUAGUAGAUGAUCUGAUAAUGUAUGUUCUGUCUUAUUGUAUUCCAUCACUAUCUCAAAGCAAGUUUCUCAUAAUGUGUGAUCAAUUCUCCAAAUAAUGAUGACUUGUAGAGGCAGAUGGAACAUGCGCAUGACUCUUUGAAGUUGAUGUAAACAAGUUAUAUCCUCAAACUCCUUUGGAGUAUUUUUACCAGUUACUUAAAUCUUGAAAGAAAGAAUUGUAAGUGCUAAAUGUUAAUGUGUGUCAUUUGUGUGAAUGUCUUGUUUAAAACACAAGCUAUGAUUUACAUCUUGUACAUAUUAUUUGUCUGUGUAAUCAAUUUUCUUUAUGUUACAGAUCUUUAUUUAUUUAUAUGUUGUUACACAUGUUGACAUUGUACAUUGCAAAUGCUGCUUGUUCCCCGGUAAUAGGACAUCAUGAAGAAGACAUUUGUAUUUCAACCUUGAUUUAUGAAGUCAUCAAAAAGAACUUUCUUUCACCUUUCGCCAAUUUGAAUAGAUUACUCUGUUUUUGACAGCUACAGCAGGAAGAGUACCGGUAUCUAAGUGUAUGGCACAUCAUAGCAUUUUAAGGAUUCAUAGUUCAAGAGCUGAAACAUGAAGAAUGCCAACUCGGCGCCUCUUUAGAUGAUUUGCUAAAUUAUUGAUUUGAUUCAAGUAAGCAAGCAAGACCAGUACAGCUGUUACUGAUCUUUUUUGAAAUUCAAACCAUCCAUGCACGGCUUGCAAUACCAAGAGCAUUACUUUGAUAAUUGUUGUGUACAUGACCUUGUUUUAACUGCCUUCAUUGGUUUCAACAAUUUGUACUUAUGUCACUAUCUUAUCCUACAUCCUACGUCUUUUUGAUAUUUUAUAACUAUACAUUAAUGCACUGAUUGUAUUUUUCAUUUUGCUGGUUUUGUAUGCUGUGAUAUAAUGUGUGUUUUCUGACCUCUGGUACCAAAUGCUGUAACUAAAUUGAAGACAGUAGAUUUAACUAACACAAUAUCACAAAGGCAGAACAAAAAGGUAUCAUUGUCAUGCUCACACACAACUAGUUGGAGGAAAUUACCAAUGCUUUUGUAUGUUGGUAUGCUUUUGGUCAAAUGCAUUAUCUAUUUCCAAAUUUGGAGGUGUUAAUUCAAAAGAACAAGAGAUGAGACAAACUUAUGAGAGUAAGGACAAUUUAUUUUUAAGCUUUGUAUUACAUAUUUAGUUCAUUUGAUUGUUGUCUUUCAUGUUGUAUGUAUGGUGCAUGUGACAUGUUUGAAGAAUAUGGGAGUAUAUAUGCAUGUAUGGCAAGACUGGCAUUUGGCAGAGUGUAUAUUUUCUCAAUGGAUAAAGCAUAUACUUGAAUCUGAUAGAAAAAUUCUGGUAGCAAACAGGAUGCACUUUAGAACCACUUGUGUAUUCAGGUCUGUGAAGACAAAGAUUGAAGGAGUAGAAUUGAUGCACAUCAGCAACUUUAAGAUUGAUAGGAAAAACAUAAUUUCUAAAGGUCUCAGUAAAAGUCAUUCUCUUAAUCAGCAUGCUGCUCUCUGACAACAGAGAUGCAUGGUUGGAACAGUUCCACAGACGGGCCUUCCUCUCAGUUCAUGAAUCUUAUUUUCAUUUGCAUCAUCUUUCGUUAGCAGAGGAAGUUCCUGAAGGCACCUCAACCCAUGGGAUAGAUGAACAGCCUUGUAACCAGUCGUAGGUCAUUGCAAUAUAAUAUUAACUCUGUAGAAGUGACAACCCUUCCUGAUCAGCAUUACAACUGCAGCAUGGCUGGGCCAUGUUCCACAAAACUACUUAGCGAAAAUACUGUCAUAAGUGUAUGUAAAGGUAUUGCAGUUAUGCCAGUUUGCUCCAUGAUAACUUGUGGUAUGGCUCAGAGCUACAUCCCACCCAGAGCAGCUAGAGUAUUGUUCAUAGUUUUUUGUGGGAAUACAGAAAGAAUCAAACUAUAAUUGUUGAUAUUGUGAGCAAAUUGUUAAGUUGAAUUGAGAGGCAUGAAAGACACUGAGAAUACCAGUGGUGGAUGAAUGGACAUGGUUACAAUAAAGUAUCUUCAUCAAUCAG